CAGAGAGUCUGGGCUUCAGUUUCAGAGUGUAUCGCAUCCGUCCGUUUGAGAGAUUGACCAUUUUCAUCACCUCGGAAGCAACAGAGUUUCGUCAGUUCAGCAGCUGGUCGUGGAGUGUGUGUGUGUCAUUGCGUCAGUGUUUCUACCAUGUGUGUGUGAUGGAUCUGUUGUCGCCUGUGUGUGGACGUGUGAUGACGGCGGUGUGCUUGGACACCGUCAUAGCCGACCUGUUGGUGUCCGAGUCACGGAACGCCACAGCCACCAGGUCAGAGGGCAUCUCCCUGGCAACGGGGUCCCUCCUCCUGCUCCUCUGUCUGCUGCUGGCUGCCUGGCAUCACACCGACAACAACUCUGUCCCAGGUCCUUUUUUCUGCCUGGGUGUGGGUCCUCUCCUCUCAUACCUCAGGUUUAUAUGGACAGGUAUUGGCACUGCCAGUAACUAUUACAACAGUAAAUAUGGAGACAUCGUCAGGGUCUGGAUCAACGGAGAGGAGACACUCAUACUCAGCAGUUCCUCUGCAGUGCAUCAUGUUCUGAGACAGGGGUGUUACACCUCUCGGUUCGGCAGUAAACAGGGUCUGAGCUGUAUUGGCAUGGAUGAGAGAGGCAUCAUUUUCAACAGCAACAUGGCUCUAUGGAAGAAGACCCGCACCUACUUCACUAAAGCUCUGACAGGGCCUGGGCUGCAGAAGACAGUAGACGUGUGUGUCUCGUCCACACAGACUCACAUGGACGCUCUCCAGGGGCUGGACGGACUGAUGGGUGGACAGGUUGACGUCCUGACUCUACUAAGGUGUACAGUAGUGGACAUCUCUAACAGAUUGUUCCUAGGGGUGCCUCUCAACGAGAAGGAGCUGCUGCAGAAGAUUCAGCAGUACUUUGACACGUGGCAGACAGUGCUGAUCAAACCAGAUAUCUACUUCAAGUUGGACUGGAUCCUGCAGAAACACAGGAGAGCAGCUCAGGAGCUGCAGGAUGCUAUAGAGAGUCUGGUCGACCAGAAGAGAAGAGGUCUACAGGAAGCUGACAAACUGGACCACAUCAACUUCACUGCAGACCUCAUCUUUGCACAGAGCCAUGGGGAGCUGUCAGCUGAGAAUGUGAGGCAGUGUGUAUUGGAGAUGGUGAUAGCAGCUCCAGACACUCUGUCUAUCAGUCUGUUCUUUAUGCUGCUGCUUCUCAAACAGAACCCUGACGUAGAACUACAGCUCCUAGAAGAGAUAGACACUGCUAUAGGUGAUAGGGAGCUCCACAACUCUGACCUGCAGAACCUAAGGGUCCUAGAGAGCUUCAUCAAUGAGUCCUUAAGGUUCCAUCCUGUGGUGGACUUUACCAUGCGCCGGGCACUGUCUGAUGAUGUCAUCAGUGGCUACCGGGUGCCAAAGGGGACAAACAUCAUUCUGAACAUGGGACGCAUGCACAGAUCAGAGUUCUUCCUCAAGCCCAAUGAGUUCAGUCUGGACAACUUUGAGAAAAAUAUACCUAAUCGUUUCUUCCAGCCUUUCGGGUCCGGUCCUCGAUCCUGCGUUGGCAAGUACAUUGCCAUGGUGAUGAUGAAAUCCAUCCUGGUUACGCUUUUGUCACGGUACUCUGUGUGUCCUCAUGAGGGCCUGACCCUAGAUCGCCUCCCACAGACCAACAACCUAUCACAGCAGCCCGUGGAGGAGGAGGGGGAGCCUCACACCAUGAAGUUCCUCCCAAGACACCAAGCCAGGAAGCAGUCUUAGAGCAGGGCUCAGACACUGGCAUAUCCCAAAUGACAACCUAUUCCCUAUUUAGUGCAAUACCUUUCACCAGGGCUCACAGGGCUCUGGUCAAAAGUAGUGCACUAUGUAGGAAAUGGGGUGGUAUUUGGGACAAAGGUUGCAUUUUAGGGCUAAUC